UGACGUCGGCACGCGCAAGAUGGCGGCGUUGGUGCGGGUUCAGUGAGGGGAGGGGUUUUGAUCGCGUUGCAGCGGCCUGGCGCUGGCCUUGGCCCCCGGCCCCGGCCCUGGCCUUGGCCUUGGCCUGGCGCGGCAGGCCCUGCCCGCUCAGACAUGACAGAACCGCGAAGGGUGGCCUUCAACACGGUGCCCGCGCCUCAAGCUACAGCCGUGCCCGUGUCUCCGGUCGCCGCCGCCAAGAAGAAGCGGCGAGAGGAGCGGAGCGGCUCAGCUCCAGCAAAUGUGCGCUUCGGCCUCCGGCUAAGUGAGCCGAAUGACCGGAGCCACACUGAGUACAACUACAAUGAGCUGCUGCGAGAAGCCAAGAGAAAUUUUACAAAUUCUGAUGAUCCCUUCAAUGAUGAAGAGAAGGAGAGGAAGGAAGUGGAAGCUUUAGCGAAGAAACUUGAGGAAAAAUAUGGUCAAAAGAAUCACAAGCGACGGAAAGAUCGCAUGCAGGAUCUAAUUGACAUGGGAUACGGUUAUGAUGACACGGAUCCAUUCAUUGACAACUCUGAAGCGUAUGAUGAAUUGGUUCCAGCCUCCCUGACAACAAAGUACGGAGGAUUUUAUAUCAACACAGGGACAUUGCAGUUCCGGCAAACCUCUGACACUGAAGAUGAAGAUGUGGCAGGAAAGAAAAGAUUGAAAUCACCUAAAAAACAAAAAUUAAAAGAUGGAGAAGACAGAGUGGCAAAAAAGCAAAGAAGAAAGGAUGAAAGUGGGAUGAAGGAAAAGAAAUCAAGGAAGCUAAAGAUUUCAAAGGAAUCUGGAGUGGUGGCCCUCAACGCUGACAAACAUAAAAAGAAGCGGAAAAGUCAUAGUGAUGCCCUGUCAUUGGCUGAAAUGCUCAAAAAGUUCCAGAAGGAGAAGGAUGCUAUGAAAAAGCAGGAGAUGACCAUGAAGCCUCCAUCAGCCUCCCAAGUCCCUGAGCAGACUAUAAAGAACCCUGGUGGUUCUGACAUCAGUGUGACUGCUGCUGACCAGGUCUUUGCAAUUCUGGGGAACUCAAAUGAGAAUGACUUGCUUCAGGAAGCUGCCAAUGCCAUGGAGUUGCUUGGUGACCUGGACAUAGAUAAGCUGCUAGCAGAAACGCCAAGUGGAAGCCCAGCCUCUGAAACAGAGGAAAACAGCAACACUGCCGUGUCCUCAGGUUUCAGUUUAGCAGCCCAGAGCCAAAAACAGUUGGCUGAAUUGCCGGCAGGGUUACCAGUCCAGCUUGAAAACCAGAUCAAGGAUCUUAAGACACUAUGUGCUGUACAUUUGAAUAAUGAAACUCAUGCAGGGAAGGUUUGUGAAGGAGAAGGAAAGAAGAAAUUCUUCACACCGGAUAUUAACACUAUCCUGCUGGACAUUGAGCUACAAGUACAGGAGUUGAAUGUGACAGUGCGCUCUGGAGUGUACAGCUAUUUGGCCUCUUUCUUGCCCUGCAGCAAGGAUGCCUUGAUGAAACGUCUGAAGAAACUACACCUCAAUGAUCAGGAUGAGCGGUUACGGGAUCCAACACAGAAACUGAAGGAAGCAGUGGCAAGUGUAAUGCCAGCACAACUGAUAAAAUACCAGGAAGAACUUCAAGCACAUACACAAGCCCGGUUUGCCAAAAUGGCAUCUGAAGAGGACCGAGACAAAAAUGGUUCUGAAGAAGAAGAUGACGAUAAGCCAGGCCGAAGAGUCAUGGGACCACGGAAGAAAUUUCUUUGGAAUGAUUAUGUCAGGGACCUGCUGUGUAACCUGGUGAAGAUAAAACUAGGAUGUUAUGAACUGGAACAAAACAAGUCACAAUCAGCAGAGGAUUAUCUGAAAGCAUUUAUGGAGACUGAGGUGAAACCAAUCUGGCCCAAAGGCUGGAUGCAGGCACGGAUGCUACUUAAAGAGAGCAAGAGAGUGCACAAUCACCUGACUGCCACACCGGCCAAGAAGAAGGUGAUAUUAGCCCCAAAACCUAAAGUAAAGGAUUCAAGUCCCAAGAAAGAGCAGAAAAUCUCUACUCCAGCCAGUACUGUCCCGAAAGUGGUGCCAACGAGCAAAAUCAUGCCUGUCAGUAUAUCAAGCUCCAGUGGUAAUCCAAACAGGGAGACUAUUUACUUGGAUGAUUCUCUUGAUGAAGAUCUCUCCCUUAAACCCCCUUCCCUCGAAUCAGUCUCGGAUGCAUUGUCUGUCUUCAAUAAUUCAACCAAGAUCGGCAGGAUUGUAAAUAAUUCUGUCCCUCCUGCACCUCGACCUCACCCUGUGGCGAAAGAAGAUAAAAAGGCCGUAGCCAAGGUCACACCUCUGGUACUUUCCCCAAAAACAGCAUCCUGUUCCCCGAAAGCAGCCACACCAUCUCUGAAAGCAGGUACCCCGUCUCUGAAAGCAGCCACUCAGUCUCCAAAAGUAGUUGCCCCCUCUCCAAAGUCAGGUACAUCAUCUCCAAAAGUGUCCACGCAGUCACCUGUCCCUUCAACCUUCAGUCAUUUAUUUGGCCAUAGUUCAAGCAGCAAGAAAUCCCAGGAAGGUUCUCGACCGGGAAUGACCAGCUUGAUCGCCGGCUACACUGCCCCAUCAUCCCAAACGUCCAAACUUCCUUCAUUGACUUCCACAGCCAAACAGCACCAGCCUGGAUUGCAGAGACUGAGCCAGUCACAGACCCAAUCCACGAAACAACAAUCCCAAUCCAACAUGCACCACAACAGCCUAGUGUCACACCCCCAAAUUACCACUGGAAAAACGCUCCAAAAUCCAGUUGUAAAGUUGAAUGCCUGUCCACAGCAUCUGCUCUCGAGUCACAUGCCACAGUUUUCGGAGAAGUCAACUGCCUACCCAACAUCCUUUUCCCCAUCAGUUACUAGCAAUGCCCAGGUUUCUCCCACGGUGUCUAGGACCAGCAUCAGCCCGUCUACCUCUAGCGAUUACAUGUCCAAAUCUGCAGUGCCUUCGAGCACCUCAGCCCAAGGUUUUAAACCUCCCUUCUCCAUGGCUAGCCCACCUAAACCCACAACCCCUUCAAGUACCACAAACCAGAAUGUGUCGACAGGGUCAAGCAAUCUGACCGGAGGCCCAACAAGUCGGCAAAGCAGCGGCAAACACUCCAGCAGCCCGUCUAGCAGCAGACACUCACCUUCCGGAUCAGUUGCUGGUCAGCAGCAGUCAACAGCCCUUGUAAAAAAAACCUCAGUGCCUCAGAAAAUGGCCAGCCCACCAGGUACCGGGACUCUCGGCAGAAGCGCAACGGGCGGAGCAGUCAGCCGUGGCAGCUUGUGUGUGAGCGGGACACCCGUCAGGAGCAGCGGAACUGCCAGUAGGAGCAGCGUUGCUGGGGCAGCAGGAAUGAGCACCCCGAACCGCAGCACCACAAGCACCUCCGUCACUCGGACUGGGGCUCUGAGCAGUGUAGCUGCUAACAGGAGCAGCCCAAGCGGAACUGUCAGUAGGACUAGUGUGAGUGGGGGGCCCGGAGGUGGCCCUCAGGUUGCUAUAAAAAUGCUGCCCUCCCUACACAGAACCCCCUCUGGCUCAGGAGCAUCAACUGGUAUCCAGGCAACUGCUGGAUCGACCUUAUUGGCAAACACAUCACCUCUGACCCUAAUGACGUCUCCCCUGAAUGUAACAAAUCUGAAUGCAACCUCGGCAUCCCUGAACUCAGCUGCCGCGUUCAGCAUGUUGGGCGGUCUGGUUCCCGUCUCCCUGCCCUUCCAGCUCCCGCUCAACCUGCUCAGUUUUGCUUCAGAAUCGGACAUCACCACCACCACGCCUACUGGAUCUACCUCAGCCACAUUCCAGCACAACAUAACACAAAGUAUUUUGAAAGGUUUGCAGUCUGGUUCUACACAGCUUUCCCGAUCAAAUGUGCCAGCCCAUUUACAACAGGCCUACACAGACGGCAACCAAAGCCAGGGAGACUCUUCGAAGGUUCAAAGAAAAUCACAAUGACUUCUGAGGUCGCAGUAGACAACAUCUCAUGGGAUAUGUUGGAUUUAAAUUUCCCAGUUGGUCCGGUGGCCUCCACCAAUUAGGAGGUUUCUUGUUGGGUACCUGACUGAGGAUAGUCUCCUUUUGUUACAUUUAUAACACUUACGACCCAGAGCACUGUGGAAAAGGGAAACAUUUACAGAGUUUGAUUUACAAAGUGGACCUAAUUCAACUGGAGUUUGACAAGGAGUUAGCAACUGAGUCUGUUAGCUCAUCUGCUAGCCAGGAGGACUUCAGCCACAUGUAUGGAGCUGUUCAUUGGAUUAAAAGACUGAUUGAAAAUGUUAAAUAGGAUUCCAAAGCAAGGGGUCAUUCAAAAAAAGCACAUCUUUUUCCACAUGAAUGUGUAGAGCAGCCAUGGGUCCCAUGGGAGCAGAACCAAGUGGAGGAGGAUUCGGUGCAUUGAGAGGGGGAGGGGUGUGUGUGGUGAGAGUGAGGGGAUGAAAUCUCAGGCCUGGGGAAGAGUGACUGUCGAGAGCAAAGCCUGGGGGCAGUGGGAAUGGUGUGUGGGGCUGAAGACUUUGCAAGAAGUGAGGCUGAAGAUCUGUUCAGGAGUUCAGGACAAGUGACUUUUUUUUUUAAAUGUUCUAUUUAUCCAAUACCCAGUAGGCCUUAUGUACAGAAGGUGGUGAGAUAUUGGAAUAAACAAUAACAGAAAGUGAGGGAGAGGGGAGGUGCAUUAACCUAGCAGACAAAAUUCAAGGUGCUAAAAGGGCAAUAAAUCAGUCUGGCAAGAUAUUCUAACGUCCCUAAGGCAGGUCAGUCUUUGCCUGGAAUAGCCUCAACAAAAACGCUAUUCUUAUCACGUACUGACCAACAUUAUGGAUCAGGCAGAUGACUGAUUAGUUAGGGAAGUCCCCAGAACUGUGCAAACUACUUUGAAAUGCAUUUCAGCAGCCCAUAUCAGCUUUUCUACUGGAUGGCCACCAGAAAGUGCAGCAGCUCCUGCAGCAGUUCUGGCCAACCUCUGAGCACAGGAGGAUCAUGUAAUGGCUGUCUGAAGAUUCAUGAUUUAUUCUGCGAUAUAUACUUGCUGCAUUUAGCUUUAAGCCUCUGCUGCCUUUCUCUGUGGUUGGUGCUAGUACCAACCAUGGUUAAGGCACUGCCAAUGUUUUGAGACUUCAUAGAGCUGAUUCAGCUGGUGCAUUAUUGCUGCCACAUCGGCUGAUCUCAAGUGGGCUGUACUGUUAUCAACUCAGCAUCCUACUCGGCGUGUGAAAAUCCACCUUGUUGCUCAUGUAUACAUGAAGGACCAGGACAGCUUUUGACUCGUCAGAGUAUACCCUCUUUGGCUGCAUCGUUUCUGAGCUCUAUCUUUAGCCACAUUUUGAAUGAGGCUGAAUGCUGUUGCUAGUGUUGGGAACUUCAGGGGGAAUGCGGGGGGGGGGGGCGCGUGUACCAUUGGAGGAGCUUCCGAGCUUCCCACAUCUUUAAACUCUUAACUUUCAGAAUUAAAUAAUUAAUUUUUUUUUUAAUUAAUGUUACUUCAAAUUGGAGUGGAAUAAGGCUGCCCCUUUGUGUUGGAAACGCGGGCGUUGCUGAAUGUCACAUCACUGAAUUGGGGCUCUGAGGGCAGCUGGUGGGAUUUAGCACAUUCCCAGUCACCUCUGGCACAGGGAGGGAGGUGAGCACUGUCCUGUAUCAUUGUCUGACUAAGGGCGUUGGUGCUGCUGUUUAAACCAGAUCUUCUGAAGGAUUUUCCAAGGCUGCCUGCUGUGUAUGUGUGUUUAAUGAUGAUAAAUAAUGGCAGGAUUGCCUCUCCCACAAUAAACAGCGUGUGCAGGGGUAACUUUUUGUUUUGAAAAUUCUGUCUUCUGGAUUUUCCGGUGCUAGGAAUGAACAGUGGUUGCUUGGCCCGAGAAAAGGGAGAGGAAAUAAAUGGCAGCCGCUGCAUGCUGCAGACCAGGCAGUCCCUAGCCACUGUGCCUCAACAGGUUGAAUAGCUUGCCAGUAUUCUCUGUCAGUGAAAACGCAUUGUUCUCUGCUGAAGUCAUGGGAGAUGGACCCUGCUAACCUGAAUGAGCCUCUGUCAGGGACAAGCAGAAAACAUUUUAAAAUAUAUAAACAUGCAAACAUGAA